AUGAGACUCUUCCCGCACUCAUCGUCGAGGUCGACGAGUCAAUCAUGCACAGCCAUUUUGUUGUCUACACUGCUAGGAGCCCAGGUGGCCCAAGCAGUCAUUCCACUGACACUUGACGAUCCAGAAUCGAUCAAAAGUGCAGCAAAAAUCGUUGCCAAGAAGCUGGUUUCCUACUAUACUGGAUGGAGACCCGGUGACGUGCCAGGCAAUUUGCCAGACCCAUACUACUGGUGGGAGGCUGGCGCUAUGUUUGGUGCUCUAAUCGAUUACUGGUAUUUCACAGGAGAUGAUCAAUACAACGAAAUUGUCAUGCAGGCCAUGCUUCAUCAAACCGGACCGGACUUUGACUAUCAGCCUCAUAAUCAGUCCCGGACUUCCGGAAACGACGAUCAAGCAUUUUGGGGCAUGGCGGCUAUGACUGCCGCGGAGACUAAAUUUCAGGACCCUGCGGAGGACAAACCCCAGUGGCUUGCACUGGCCCAGGGAGUCUUCAACACACAAGCACCUCGGUGGGCUAACCACACAUGCAAUGGCGGUUUGAAAUGGUCUAUCAACACGUUUGGCUCAGGCUGGACUUACAAAAAUACUAUUUCUAAUGGAUGCUUUUUUAAUCUCGCCUCUCGACUAGCGUUAUACACUGGAAACACAACCUACGCAAAUUGGGCGGAAGCAUCCUGGAAUUGGAUGACCGGCGUCGGUCUCAUCAGCCCUAAUUACCAGUUCUUCGACGGCACAGAUGAUACAACCAACUGCACCCGUGUGAAUCACGUUCAGUGGUCCUAUAACAGCGGCGUCUUUUUGGCUGGAGCAGCCAGUAUGUACAAAUAUACAAACGGUGACAAAAAGUGGGAAGAACGUGUUCGAGGAAUUCUCAAAGGCAUAGAGAUUUUCUUCCAGAACGAUGUUAUGACAGAAGUUGCUUGCGAACGCAAUGGAAAAUGUAACGUUGACCAGCGUUCAUUCAAAGCCUACCUUUCUCGCUGGAUGGCUAUGACCGUAAAAGUCGCCCCAUUCUCGCGCCCUCUCAUCAUGCCUAAACUUCGUGCCUCUGCUGAAGCAGCCGCAAAACAGUGUAGCGGACCAGACAACUCGUGCGGUUUGCGCUGGACCAAACAGUCCGAGUAUGAUGGAGAAACGGGCGUUGGCGAACAAAUGUCCGCACUGGAAAUCAUACAGGCUAAUUUGGUUGAUAACGUUCCUGGGCCUGCGAAUGAGCAGACCGGCACUAGCAAAGGCGACCCGAACGCAGGGUUAAAAGAUGGCCGUAAUGAUCUUCCUAAGUUAUCAGAGAUUACAAUGGGUGACAAGGUUGGCGCUGGAUUUAUGACAUCGAUAAUCUUGCUGGGCGUUUUGGGUGGGGCGUGGUGGAUGAUGGCUUGA